UCCAAAUGAAAACGUACAAUAAGUAAGUUUAAAACACUAUGCAAAGUAUAAUUGUUUAUACCUGUCAAUAAACACUUUCACACGACCACAUAAUUUUAUCCAACCCCCUAGUUCAUUGAAUUGUUUGGUUUAAAGUCAACCAAUUAUACAUGUAUGAUUAUUUGGGAGUUAUUGAUAAACUUAAUUAUAAAGAAUUCAAAAGACCAUACCGCGUUCAAUCCAAAUUGACUGUACUAUUGUAUUUCAAAUAUUUAUAAAAUUUACAACAGGUGAGUUGGGCAAUAAAACAAUUACUUUUCCAAUUACAGGUUUUUCUUUUGUUCAAAAGAAACAAUUUUCUAAUUUAUCCGAAAGAGGUAACAAGGUAAAAAUACCCACAUUAUAAACACAAUAGCAAUUACCAACUGUGCCGUAAUUAUAUAGUCUGUUUUUUUCCUUUUCAUUUGUAUAAAAUUUAUACAUUUUGGCACAGUAGUUUGAGAAAAGUAAGUUCACAAACAUAAGUUUAUAUUGAUAUAUAUAUAUUUGCUGACAAUAAUUUUAACAUUUUUUUUCUAUAAUUCUGAGGAUGGAAAUUGUCGUUGUGAAUCAAUCUGUUGUGUUAUGAAGAUCUAUAUUAGAAUCUUGUCUGUAAUAUUCAGAUGGAGCUGACAUUUUCUGCUAGACUUUUCAUUUAGUUACAAAAUAUUUUUGUUACAAUCAUCUGGAUUUCAAUAUGAUUAAGAGGUGUUUGUGAAUGACGCACAUAAAAUCUUUUGGAGAUUUAGAAUGAUACACACUCAUCUAGGAUGGAUAGCUUCGACGACCGGUCAACAGAAUACAAAUCUGAUAGAUAUUCUGAGAUUUACAACAGAUUCCUAUCUUCUCGAAAUGCAACUCCGUUAAGUCGACCAAACUCUAGACAGUGUCCACCAGUAAAAUUAGAUCCACAACGUUUUAUAGCCGAAAAUAAACCAAAUGAUGCUCAAAAGAGAAUUGAUUCUGCAAGUUUGAUUAUUACGCCUAGAAGUAGUUCCUCAGCUAAUAUCCGCUCACAAAGUCGCGGUAGCUCAAGUACAAGAUGUUUAUCCGCUUCUCGCAAGAGUUCUGCAGCAAACAAACAAAGAAGUAAUUCUGCAGUUUAUAAAACCGACGAAUCAAAAAUAAGAGAAGAAGCAGAUAAUUUCUAUAACAUCGAAGAAGAAGUUGUGAAAGGAAAUCGAAUUGCAAUUCCAUUAGUAAAUACUUCUACAUUUGAUGAUAUUCUAACACCAAUAAAGGAGAUACAAACCGAACAAAGUAACACAACAAAAACAGACUGUUCUAUAUAUCCUGAAAAUGGAUUGCUAAUGAAUUCACCUAGAUGUGUUGACAGAAGCAAUAUCUUGUCCAGAGGGUCUCACUUAAUGCUAGGAUCUGGACGAAUUAGAAAAUCGAAUGACACAGAAACGCUGGAAUUACACAUUGAUGACUCUGAAUUCUCCGAAUUGCAAGAACAAAUAACAUCUCAUGUGGUCAGCGUUACCAUUGGGACCAGCGCGGCGAACACACCUGCAUGUACUUUAAAAGAAGGCAAAAUGUCGCCUAGACCUUUUGAAGUAAUACUCCCGAAAACGUAUAUCACUAAAUCGGGUUCACUACUUUUAUACAGUAACAGCAAACUUAUGAAAAGUACGGACACUCAAAAUGACGAAAAGGAAAUGAAAGUAAAAGGAAAAAAGUUGUCACCGAGGACACUUGUACCACAGGCCUAUCCAUACUGGGGAAAACACGUCAACAGGGGGACACUAUCAAGGAAUACAGACAAUAAUCAUGCUCAAGGGUGGAUUAAACGGAAUCAGCGUAAUUAUAUCGGCACAAACAAACCAAACGCUGACAAAAAACCAUACACGUGGGACUAUACUGUGCUGCCCGCCAAACUUAUAAAUGACGGCGACAAGGAAGGGAUUAAAACUGUAAGUAAUUUAUCAGAGGCCGUCCUGGCGUACCAGAGCACAUUACCUUCCGCUAAAGAUAAAUACCUCGCUGUGAUGCAACAAUCACGUUCCGGCGGAAAAACACAAGCGGAGAGAAUGAAUGAGCUGCAAGCAAUGCAACUUCAACGUCUUUCAAAGUGGACCCGAGAGUGGGUUGGUAUGCAUGGUCAUGUUCUGUUUAAGAAUACAGAUAAAGUAGUUAAAGAGACUGAGACCGACAAUGUUUUGAUUAAAAGGAUACGCAAGUCUUUGAAAAAGUAUGUCAUAACACCGGCGAACACACCAUCAAUGGGUACUAAACAUACUUAUGUCCACAGUUUAAAUAAAAAGGAAUUUGAAAAGUUGUUAACAACUACUCCCAGAGGUAUUGAAGUUGCUGAUGAGAAAGCUUUGUCGAAAUAGCAGUGAUCUGAAAUAGCUUGUAUUUUAGUUAAGCUUCAGUCAAUGAUUUUAUGACCUUUAUAAAAUAUCUAACAAUCUUUAUAACCGGUGCCAGGACUUGUAAUUGUUACCUUUAAAUGAAUAUUUCUGUGACUUUUUUGUAUAUAAAUGAUAUGUGAUAACGUUGUUUAAACAGUGUUUAAUUCUUUUGUUUUUCUGUUUUUUUGAUUAACGUGAAUGUAAGUACCUGUCUGUAUUUGAUACGAUUCCACUACUGUAAAUAUCAUUUUGCGAUAUCAAAUGCUAAACUUUGUUUCACAGCAGAUUGCCUUAAAGGGGAUUAUAUGUUUUUAAAGAUCCUGUAUGUUUUGUGAUUGAUAUUGUUACUGUGUGUAUACCACACUUGCAACGAUUAUAUAUGUAUAUAAUUAUGCAAAUAAAACAAUUUUCAAACAUUGAAGAAUAUGUAAAAUGUGUACUGCAAAUAUUUGUGCACAAUAUAUUUAAUCAAUAAAUUACAUGCAUUUAUUUCUUAUUGGAAAAUUUGACUUAGAACUUAAAGAAAAUUAAUUUCUAAUUACCUCCCUUUAUUUACAUGAAAUGCUAAAUUGGGAAAUAUUUUUAUAAAAAAUGUUUAUUGAACUUACAAUAUUGACAAAUCUUAACCUGAGCAUCAUAUUUAUGAAAUAAAACCAUGAAAAAAAUGUGUUACAGGAUCUUUAAAU